GCGGACCAUAACAAGAAAAAAAAAACAACAAAACCCCCGCACGUCUUAUAGAAAUAUCAUCAAGACAGAGAACUGGAUUUUCUAUUGUACCGAGGACGUUCGUUGCUGCACAGCUGUACCGACUUGACUACCUACGGCUAUCAUAGCUAUUGCUGCCAGGACGAUGUCUCAUAUUAUCCUGAAGUAAAAUAGAAACAAGAAAAGUGAUUGAAAAGCUAUGAUGCUAGAAGACAUUUUGGACUAGUGCCCAUAAAGAAGUAACGUGAGCAGCUGGCUUGGAUUACAUCGCCAUGAUGGUCCUGUUUCUGGUGGCAACACAUCUUAUAUCAAACAGUUCCUCACAUGCGAACUGGACUGCAGAGCCUCCUGCUCCUCAGGGUUCCCACAUCCUACCUGCUGCUCUUGUCAUAUCUCUCCUACUUAUCAUCUUCAUCCUCCUCACAGUCUACCUGCUCAGGUUCAGGCACCAAAGGAAGGAUCUUGUCACUUCGGUUGACAAAAAGCUACCCAAUGGCUUCCUGGAGGACCAAGAACAAACAGUGGUGCUCCUCCCCAGAUCUCCAUCUCCAUCAAAGCAUUACUUCCCGAUCCCGCUGGACUCUCUGGAGGAAGAGUACCGCCUGCGCAUGGCAGAUGAUGGCAAGCUGUUCAGAGAGGAAUUUAAUUCUUUGCCGUGCGGGUUCGGCCGUGGCACGUUCGAGGAAGCGAGCAGAGAAGAGAACAGAGAAAAGAACAGAUAUCCGAACAUACUGCCCUAUGAUCACUCCAGAGUGUUGCUUUCACACAUAGACGCCCGUAUGUGCUCAGACUACAUUAAUGCCUCGUACAUAGAUGGAUACAAAGAAAAGAACAAAUUCAUUGCCACUCAAGGUCCGAAACCAGAGACAGUAGCUGAUUUCUGGAGAAUGGUUUGGGAGCACAGAUCUGCCACUAUAGUCAUGUUGACUAACAUACGGGAGAGAAAAGAGGAGAAAUGCUGUCAGUACUGGCCGGAGCAGGGCUGCUGGCUGUACGGAUGUGUGAGGGUGUCCGUAGAGGAUGUAACGGUGCUGGUCGACUACACUAUCAGAAAGUUCUGUGUGCAAUAUCAAGCUCCAGAUGGCUGCAGAUCCCCGAGGUUGGUCACCCAGCUCCACUUCACCAGCUGGCCUGAUUUUGGUGUGCCACUCUCCCCUAUUGGUAUGCUCAAGUUUCUCAAGAAAGUCAAGAGUGUCAACCCAGCACAUGCCGGACCCAUAAUAGUUCACUGCAGUGCUGGGGUUGGAAGAACCGGGACAUUCAUUGUGAUCGACGCCAUGAUGAAUAUGAUGCACGCCGAGGGCAGAGUGGACGUCUUCAGCUUUGUGUCCCGGAUACGAAACCAGCGCUGCCAGCUUGUACAGACAGACAUGCAGUACUCGUUUAUUUAUCAAGCUUUGCUGGAGCAUUACCUGUACGGUGACACCGAGUUGGACGUUUCCUCACUGGAACGCCACCUGCACAGACUCCACAGCACGCACAUACACAUGGACAGAGUGGGGCUCGAAGAGGAAUUCAGAAAACUGACUAAUGUUCGAAUUAUGAAGGAAAACAUGAGAACCGGGAAUCUGUCGGCUAACAUGCGGAAGAACAGAGUGCUGCAGAUUAUUCCGUAUGAUUUCAACAGGGUAAUAUUAUCUGUGAAAAGAGGUCAAGAAUUCACCGAUUACAUAAAUGCAUCUUUUAUAGAUGGUUACAGGCAAAAGGAUUACUUCAUAGCUACCCAGGGCCCGUUAGCACACACUGUGCAGGACUUCUGGCGCAUGGUGUGGGAAUGGAAGUGUCACUCUAUCGUCAUGCUAACUGAGUUAAAGGAGAGAGAACAGGAGAAAUGUGUGCGUUACUGGCCUGCAGAGGGCAACAUUUCGUUCGGAGAAUACAACGUGGAGUUGAAAAGAGACACAGUCUACGAGACGUUUAGCCUCCGAGAUUUGCUGCUGACGUACACGUCGGAGAAGCAACCUCGCCUGGUCAGACAUUUUCACUUCCAUGGCUGGCCGGAGAUUGGAAUCCCAUCAGACGGAAAAGGAAUGAUCGAUCUGAUUGCUGCAGUGCAGAAACAACAACAGCAAUCUGGCAACCACCCCAUAGUGGUGCACUGCAGCGCUGGUGCAGGCCGGACUGGAACGUUCAUUGCCCUCAGUAAUAUUCUGGAGCGCGUUAAAGCUGAGGGCUUACUGGACGUGUUCCAGACUGUGAAGAGUUUACGCACCCAGAGACCACACAUGGUCCAAACUGUGGAACAGUAUGAUUUCUGCUACAAAGUGGUACAAGAUUUUGUAGAUAUUUUCUCAGACUAUGCUAAUUUCAAAUAAUGAAUUUUCCUUUCAUCACUUCUGAUAAAACAUUCAAGUUUGUUCUGCUUUCAGUUAGAAGAAACUCCUGCUUUGGGUUCAUAAUGCUCUAUGCACUUGACCUUUCUCUUGUUAAGUAUUGAAAUAAUUGCAGUUAGAGCUAAAUCUUUUUUUUUUUGUACAUAAGCAAGUCCUCAUUUGUGUAACCACAUGAAGAUGAUACAAAGCAUUUGCAUUUAGAUUGUUGUAUCUUUGUACUUUGUUGAAUACUGAAAUUGUUUUAUUUAUAUAUUUUGGGUACAAGGCUAUAUAUUUUUGUUUGUACAUUGCCCGCUAAGGUUUUUAUUUUAUGUUGGUAUUAUUAUUAUUAUUAUUAUUAUUAUUAUUAUUAUUAUUAUUAUUAUUUAAAAGGGAGCUAAGUGCUAAGAAUGUAUUGUAUGUAUUAUUUUGUAAAAUGUUUUACACUGCUAUUCUCUAAGAUGAAGUCCAUUUAACAAGUAUUCACUUGCAGUUAAAAAUAUUAAUUUAUUUGACAAAAAAAGGGACAUUUAAAUUUAGAACAUUCAUUUUGGUGAUUUGGAACGAAUUCCCCCAUACACAGACAGGUUCAUAAGUAUUUGGACAGCGACACAAUUUUUUAAAUAAUUUUUCCUCCACCACGAUGGGUUUGAAAUGAAGCAAUCAAGAUGCGAUUGAAGUGUAAACUUUCAGGUUUAAUUCAGGGGGCUUAACAAAAAAAUAUUACAUUAACCAUUUAGGAACAUACAGCCACUUUUAUUUUUUUUACAGAGUCCCUAAAUUUUCACAGGCUCAAAAGGAAUUGGACAAACUAACAUAAUCUUAAAUAUUAGGAUUAGUUUUAAUACUUGGAGGCAAAUCCUUUGCAGUCAGUGACUGCCUGAAGUCUGGAACCCAUGGACAUCACCAAAUGCUGAGUUUCCUCCCUUGCGAUGCUUUGCAAGUCCUUUUACUGCAGCUGUCUUCAGUUGCUGCUUGUUUAUGGGUCUUUCUGGCCCCAGUUUUGUCUUCAGUAAGUGAAGAAAGUUCAUUUAAGAACGUUUAAUUUCUUUGCCUUAAGAAGCUCUUGAGUUGCUUUUGUUGUACAUUUUAGGCCAUUAUCUAUAUGUAGUGUGAAGCUCCAUCCUAUCAGUUUUGCAGCAUUUGACUGAACCUGAGCAGAAAGUAUAGCUUUAUACACUUCAGAAUUCAUCCUGCUACUUGUAUUAGCAGUCACAUCAUCAAUACACACCAGUGACCCAGUUCCAUUAGCGGCCAUACACGGCCAUUGUUUUUUCGGCCUAAGGAUGGCCUCCUUCACUUGUGUCGACACCUUUUUUUUCAUAUUGAGAGUUCCCACGAACAGCUACCAAAUGCAAAUUCAAUGCUUGGAAUCAACUCCAGACCUUUAAUCUCCUUAAUUUGUCAUGAAAUAAUGAGGAAACAGGCCACACCUGGCCAUGAAACUGCUUAUCAAGUCAAUUGUCCAAUUACUUUUGAGCCUGUGAAAAAUGGAGGGACUCUGUAAAUGGCUGUAAUUCUUAAACAGUUAAUGCCACCUUGAAUUAAAGCUGAAAGUCUACACUUCGAUCACAUCUCGAUUGCUUCAUUUCCAAUCCAUUGUGGUAGUGUACAGAGGUAAAAUUAUGAUUUUUUUUAACAAAAUUUAUGGACCUGACUGUGUUCGUCAUUAUAUAUAUAUAAAAAAAGGUAUAAACCACAAGUUCCAUAAUUAACAAUUCAGUUUCAGUGGCAAGCCUAGAAAUCAAGUUGGAUUCAGGUAUGCUUGUAAAAUGGCUGCCAACAUUAGGCUGGAAUUUCUGCUGCCAAAAGUGGAGCCAUUGCAACCAAGCAGACCCCGCUAUACUUAUAUUUGAUUUGGGGCUACAUUUGCUUGACCAGAUGUCCUUGUAAAAGGCAUUUGACUGUGAUUACAGUAGGUAAAGUGUAGACAAUAUAAUAGACUAAUUUAUUAGACUUUUUAUAAUCACAGCAAAACUGUGUACUCCAGGGUGGGAUGCUUCCUCAAGUCCACAGUAUUGCAGACCUGCUGUAAUGGAAAUUUUCCUGACAGUAUUAAUCUGGGAGGCUUUUAGAUAUUUUGAGAAGUAUAUGAAGAGAAAUGGAAAGGGACGACUUCUAAAACUCUUUGUAGAUACACAAUUAAUUUUGGAAUUACUUUGCUUUUAGAUGCCUGAGGUGAAUUUUAAUGAAUCAGAUGGCUGCUUGCUUAUAGAUAGAUGUUAAAUCCUGAAGGGUGUUUUAGAGGGAAUUAUUGGUCAUGUGAUGGUGAAGGUAGUGAUUGCAUAUUUACAAAGUCUGGGCAAAUGGGUUGAUUAUUCCACCCAGUCCGUAUUCUGUUUUAAUUUGAAUGAGCAGUAAUUGAAUGGUAGGCUGCUUGGAGAAUAUUAACUACAUUAUACAUAGCUAAUUAUCUAAUUACCUUAGCAUGUGAGAGAAUGGAGAGAAAAAAAAAGUCAUAAGAAAUUGGCAUGGACAUGGCAAAUGGCAGGAGAUGCAAGCAGACUUAUAUAAUACAAUGUCCUCUAAAGGUAUUUGAACUGUCAAAUUCAAAAUUGCUUUUCUGUUGUUUAUUCAAGCAGCUUGGAACUGCAACAGUAAAUCAAGUAUGAAGCAAAAGUAAAGAAUGUCCCCUUUUAUUUCUUUGUGGUUAUUGGUCAGAUGUAUACUGUUGAAGUGUGUCUGUCUAACAGAGCUUUAUACAGGGUGGAAUUUAGCUUCAGUCUUCAUUUUGGUGUCUGCCUUUUGGAGUCUAUAGACCUACAGUAAAAUAAGAUAAAGAGUACAUAAUUGUCUAUGAAAAGGAAGGAAGAUAUUCAGGGGGUAAAUGAAAAUACUGGUUCAUUAGCAAAAAGACAGAAGUUCACAGCAAAUUUAAGAUGAAUUAAAAACAUGGAAUAAUACAGUCAUCAAGGACAAAGAUUAAUACAAGCAGAGAUGAAAUGAUCCACCUGAGCUUAUAAUACUGGUCAAUGGCUUACAUUCUUGAAUCAUCAUAAAGGGUUCUUCGGUUUCCUUAAAGUCUUUAUGUAGAACUUCACAGCAGAAGGUUUUACAUUUAUAAAAGAUUACACUUCGAAAAAGGAUGGUUAAUAAUAAUAUAUUAACCAUAUUUGAAUAACAAGACUUCUACAAGACUACAUGUCACGAACGUUUCCU